AUGGAGCAGUCACCUACCCCGAGCUCGUACGAGCACGACGCCUCAGGCCAGCCGCGCCGUCCGCGUUCGCGCCUCAGUCAGAGCAUCUCCCACAUGGGCCUCUUCCAGUCCGACUCGUCUGAAUCGACCCUCUCGUCGAGCGGGAAACGCGACAGCUUCUCGCGCGACAACCUCGAUCCGGCGUCGUAUGGCGUCUUGACGGGCGCAGUCGGCGGCAACUUUGGUCCCUUCCCUCGCUCCUCAACCUUCUCGAGCCGACCCGCGGCGUACCAGCACCGCGACAGCAUGGCCUCGUCCUCGACCGGUCUCGACCCCGUCGCCCUCCCCUACGGCAGCCAAAACGGCGCCGACUCUCCGCGCUUCACCGACGAAGACUACUCGACGCACGGACUGAUGAACAACGCCGCUGGAGUCGGGUACGGCACGCCGCGGAUGACGCCGCACGGGAGCGAGUCGCGGCACUCUGUUUCGCGCCUCGAGGGCAUCGCGGGUGGAGGAGCGGGCGCAGCAUUGUUGUGGGAGAAGGAGCCGGACGAUUUCCUGCACGACCCGGACCCUGCGCUCGAUAAGGCUAUGGACAAGACGAUGCGCAAGUGGAGCUUCAUGGCGCUGCUCAACACGCUUGCGCUUUGCGUCGUCGUCAUCGUCCUCGUUGGCUUGUUCGCUGGCUGGCCCAUCUACCGUUACGCCAUUGACGGCUCUUGGGGCUCGUACGCGAUGCGCACGAUUACCAACUCGACAGGCCAAGUUCCCGAAAUUCAGAACCUCCCUUCGAUGGUUGACAAGGACACGCCGACGAGCGUCUACACUCGGACUGGAUACGACGGCGAGGAGUACGAGUUGGUGUUCUCGGACGAGUUCAACACGGACGGAAGGACGUUCUGGCCGGGAGAUGACCCGUACUGGGAGGCCGUCGACCUUCACUACUGGGCAACAACCGACCUCGAAUGGUACGACCCGGACGCGAUCACGACCAAAGACGGCAACCUCGUCAUCACGCUCGACCAAGAGCCGUGGAACGACCUCAACUUCCGCUCGGGCAUGCUCCAGUCGUGGAACAAGAUGUGCUUCACGGGAGGUUAUGUUGAGGUCAACCUUUCGCUGCCCGGAACGCCGACGGCGCAGGGAUUCUGGCCGGGUAUCUGGACGUUCGGCAACCUCGGACGUGCAGGCUACGGCGCUUCAGUCGACGGCCUCUGGCCUUACACCUACGACAGCUGCGACGUCGGCACGCUUCCGAACCAGACCUGGCCGAACGGUACCGACCCCAUCGCGGCUAAGCAGGCUGGUGACAAGGACUACGGAGGCGAGCUCUCUUACCUUGUCGGACAGCGUCUCUCGGCUUGCACGUGCCCUGCGGAUGCCGACGAGCACCCCGGUCCCUCCGUCACGAAGGGUCGCGGCGCGCCCGAGAUCGAUAUCCUUGAAGGCCAGAUCGCGCCGAAUGGCAAGCAGGGUUCUGCGUCGCAGUCGAUCCAGUUCGCGCCCUUCGACCCGCACUACCUUUGGCGUAAUGAUACGACCGAGGCGAAUCCGGGCUUGAAGAUCUGGGAUCCGUCUAUCACGACGCAGAAUAUCUGGAAGGGAUCGAUCUCGCAGGAGUCGGCCUCGCUCAACACCCUCACGGACGCGACGUCGUACGAAGGCGCGGGCUACACGAUGGAGUACGACCCCGGCGCGGACGGCCGCAUCACCUGGGGCAUCAACUCGAACCCGACGUGGCAGCUCAACGCCAACGCGAUGGGACCGAAUUCGCAGACGCAGAUUGGACAGCGCCUCAUCUCGGAGGAGCCGAUGUACCUGUGCCAUCUUCAACUUGGCGAUUUCGACAAAUCCAGCAGCCGGAAUGGGGCAAAAUCAAGUUCCCCGGCCAUCUUCGCAUCGACUACGUCCGCGUCUACCAGAAGAAGGGACAGAAGAACGUUGGUUGCGACCCUCCCGACAUGCCUACGUCCAAGUACAUCAACUCGCACAUGGACCUCUACACGAACCCGAACCUCACGACCUACCGGGACGCGAUGA